AUCCAAAGCGGGGUAAGCUAAUGCCAAUGCUUUGUUUGUGAGUUCAACCCCGCAUUCUUGAUCCUCAUCUCCGAUAAACCCCGCAAAAGUUCACCUGGAAGGCCGGAACGCCAUUGCAGAUCCACAAGCGCUCCCAUUCACCAACAGCGGCGGCUCCGGUGUUCCUGUUGGUACUGCCAGUUAGUAGUGUCCAUCCAUUCCUUGCUCUCUAGCUAGCAUACUGGAUAACAUGGAGAGCACCGUGAUUUUGAACGGGCUCAUCGCGAGCGUUAGCAGUUCACUGGCGGGUGUUAUCGUAAGGGCAGCGUGCGUCAGGAGGGACGUUGACAUCCUCACGGGGCGACUUGAGAGUAUAAUGGCAGUAAUCGGAGAUGCAGAGAGGCACCGGAUCCUGGCUCAGUCCGAAGCGGCCGACCACCGACUCAAGAAGCUCAGAGAAAUUGCGUAUGAGGCGGACACCAUAAUUGACCUCUUCAGGAUUGAAGUGGGAACUUCACGGUCACAGCUUUGGCGGCCGCUUAGCCGCCCCCUGGAUCGGGACGCCAUCUCUGCCUUCAUCGUCGAUCUCCGCUCGAUGGCCGUCCGCCUGUCGCCCCCGCCGCCGCCGCCUCCGCCGGAGCCUGACUAGAUCGCCUGCACUGGGCAGGCUUUGUUUUUUCUCUUUCUUCUGGGCUUGUUGAGCUGUGCCCUCAAGAGAACCUUAAUACUUUGUUGUGGUACUUGGGU